GCAAGCUACUUAAGUUACUACUAGAGUAGCUGGUAGCUACUCACUUCACUACUGGACGGUCGGAGGACUUCCAUGUUCUUCCACGGAGCGGCCUGAGGCCCACGGCGGAUGGCCUGGCAAGUUGCAUGAUUGGCGCGCAUGGGCUGACGCACAGGACGGAAGCGGUUAGCCAGCCAGUGCCCCUCCAGCAACAAUGUUCUCCCGAAGCCUGAGGUCAACAAUAACCCCACCUUGCUCGCCCUUCGCUUCUCGUCCCCUCUUCUCCAUCCCCAAUUGCAAGCAAUCUUCCUUCCUCUCUCUUCGUCCUUUCCAUCAAUCAUCCGCAGCCAUGUCUGGAAACACUCAAGCCUUCUUUGAAGUUCAGUACGCCCCCGUGGGCUCCAGUGCCCCCAAGACGGGCCGUAUCGUCUUCAACCUCUUCGAGAAGGACGUCCCCAAGACCGCCCGCAACUUCCGUGAGCUCUGCACCAAGCCCCAGGGUGAGGGUUACAAGGGCUCUACCUUCCACCGUGUCAUCCCCCAGUUCAUGCUCCAGGGUGGUGACUUCACCCGCCACAACGGUACCGGUGGUCGCUCCAUCUACGGUGAGAAGUUCGCCGAUGAGAACUUCAUCUACAAGCACAACAAGCCCGGUCUCCUCUCCAUGGCCAACGCUGGUCCCAACACCAACGGCUCCCAGUUCUUCAUCACCACCGUUGUCACCUCUUGGCUCGAUGGCAAGCACGUUGUCUUCGGUGAGGUUGCCGAUGCCGACUCCAUGCAGGUCGUGAAGGAGAUCGAGGCCCUCGGCUCCUCCUCCGGCUCCAUCCGCUCCAACGUCAAGCCCACCAUCGUCAACUGCGGUGAGUUAAAGAUCCAAGUAAUAUCCACCUCGUAA